AUGUCUCAGCCAAAGCUUCAGGAGCCAGCUCCCACGUCAGAACCUCCAAAGAUGAUCCCCACGCCAGAAACAGAUGUGAUGCUAAGGCCACGCUCUCCUCGGCCUGUAAUCCCAAACAAAGACCACCGCACAAGACUACGAGCUCGUACUCAAAUCAAGCCAAUUACAGAACGCCGCAUCCUCAACUACUAUUGCUUUCCAAACUUUGCAGACGAACUCCAUGAGAUUAUGGAAGCUGGUGGUUCUUUCAGUGAAUCAGACACAGACGAGGAUUCAGACUACGAACUACCACCUCAAACCAUUCAUCGGGAAGGAGCGCAACUAGGCCUGAAGCGAAUCAAGUGGUACAGCGAAGGCAUUCAACGCGCAGCCAGAGAGUUGGAGAGACUACCUGAAGACACAGCAUUCCUCGAUCAAAAAGAUGACUGGUUUGGUUUAAUGGUGAUACCCAAGCCUGAAUCCGAGCCUGAGGAAGACCCCGAGUUGGACUCCCCAUCUCGACAACUGAGGGAAGAACUUUCUCAAAUGUCGCAAACUGAGUCGCCUUAUGUGGAUGAAGAGGAUGGUGGUCAACCUGUCGUUACGCCAAUUCAUGACGAGGUCAUGUUGUUUGUCAGCGAAGAUCCUGCUCCCACUCCUGCCGUUCUGAACGACUUGCCUCCUCGAUCGCAUAAACGCAAACGCGUAUCAUGA